UAUUUUCAGAAGUAGUUUCUCAUCGGGCCCUUCACGGUCGCGAACAACAAAUAAUAGAUAGUAGUGGGUAUAAUCAUCGAAUGCUAGCAAUAGCACCGGCCAGUUCCACAUAUCACUCCACGUUGAACGAAUCGCUAUCUGCACUUACUACUCUACAGCGUCGUGGUAAAGUUAUCCAAACGAACGAAGGUGAAUUGAAAGGGCCAGCACACCAGAAUGGCUCCGUUACGCUGGGGAAUCGCAAGUGCUGGCAAGAUUUCGCACGAUUUCACGACCGCCGUCGGAACGUUGCCGUCGGACGAGCACCAAAUCGUAGCCGUGGCCGCUCGGAAGCUGGCGGACGCGCAAAAAUUUGCCACCCUACACGGUAUCGAAACGGCGCACGAGGGCUACGAGGCGCUGGCGAAGAAUCCGAACGUGGAUGCCGUUUACAUUGGCGCGGUCAACAAUGCACACUACGAGAUCGGACUGCUGAUGCUGGAGCACGGUAAACAUCUGCUGUGCGAGAAGCCACUCUGCCUGAACGAGGGCCAGUCGAAGCGUUUGCUGCAGCGUGCGGCCGAACGGAAGCUCUUCCUCAUGGAGGCUAUCUGGUCGCGGUUUUUCCCGCACUAUCGUCUGCUCCGGGAGCGCAUUGGGUGCGGGGAGCUGGGCGAGGUGAGGGAGGUCGAUGUGGAAUUUGGAUUUGUCCUUGCCGAUAUCGAUCGGUUGCGCUUAAAGAGUCUCGGCGGUGGUACGGUGCUGGAUCUCGGCGUGUACACCAUCCAGGUGUGUCUGUGGGCGUUCGGUGGGAAGGCUCCGACGAAGAUAUUGGCCUCGGGGGUGACCAAUGAGGAGGGCGUCGAUCUGGAAGUCACGGCCGAGCUGCACUUCCCCGGUGGGGGCAUCGCGCGAAUGAAGACGAGCGCCCUGAAGCAGCUGAACAAUGAGGCCGUUGUGAAAGGCAGCAAGGCCAGCAUAACGCUACACGAUUUCUGGUGCCCACUGAAACUCACCGACACCGAUGGCACGGUCCGGACCGAUACGCUGCCACCGGCACGGUAUCCGUUCAAUUUCCAGAACAGCUGUGGCCUCCGGUAUGAGGCGGAGGAGGCGCGCCAGUGCAUCCGGGGCGGCCGGUUGCAGUCGGAGAGCGUGUCGCAUGCGGACAGUCUGCUGAUUGCGCGCAUUCAGGACGAAAUCCGGAAGCAGGUCGGUGUCGUAUUCCCGGAAGACGCCCAAUUUGCACCGUAAUAGUGGCGGCGCCCGGAAGUGGAACAAGGGCCCCCGUACGAGACCUGAAUCCCAACGGUGGCACGGCAGCUAUGUGGGCUGGAGUGUGUGUCCUUUCACGUGGAAUCCAAAUUUUGCAGCCAUCAAUCAUGGGAUGGAUGGAUGUGAAUAUUGCAAAAGCCUGCAUUGAAGCUUUGAUUGACAUGAUUGGUAGAAACACAAAUGAAACGUGCAAUAUGAAGCACUUUGGUACGUAACGAAAAAUUGAAAUGGAUUAGGAAGUGAAUUAACUGAAAAUGUUUUACGAUUUAUGACAAGAAACACGAUAACCAAUAAAAUCGGUAUCCGGUAACAACAACAUCACAAAAGAUAAUCAGUAAAAGCAAUCAUUGUGAUGUUGAAGC